AUGGCCAACAUCUUCAUCUUCAAAUGUUGUCUCGAAAGCAUGGCCGCAAAGCGUCCUCGCGCCGCCUACGAGGCUGAUCUGUCUCAUUCACCCUAUGCUUUCUUUGGAACUCCUCUACCACCCCUAGAGGAAGGAUCGCGUGACGAUGGCUCCUACCAGCCCAUCUGGAAGCAGGAGGUGACCGACGAGCGGGGGAGAAAGAGACUCCACGGUGCUUUUACCGGUGGCUUUAGUGCAGGGUACUUCAAUACGGUUGGCUCGAAAGAAGGAUGGACCCCUGCGACGUUCGUCUCGUCACGUCAGAAUCGCGCCCGAGAUGCCAAAAAGGCCGAACAACGAGCGGAGGACUUCAUGGAUGAGGAGGAUCUAAGAGAACAGGAUGAAUCGCGCAUUUUGAAUACAACGGAAGGCUUUGCGGGGUUUGGUUCAACAGAGGCGGAUCCUACGCGCAGAGCAGGUUUCAUGGACUUGCUCAAGACGGGCGGAGAGACCAUGGGAGUGAAGCUGUUAAAGAAAAUGGGCUGGAGGGAAGGGCAGGGCAUUGGGCCAAAAAUUCGACGCAAAGCUGAUCUAGGGGAAAAAGCUACGACGGGCGCAUCGGAGGAGACAUACCUUUUUGCACCGGAGAAUCCGCCGAUGGUCGCGUUUAUACGAAAGAAAGAUCACAAGGGCUUGGGUUUUCUAGGUGAGACACAGCUCGAAAAGCCUAGCGAGGAAAAUAACGACGAAGAGGAAGAGGAUGACUCUUUCUUUGGGGAUCGUUUGUCGAACAAAAAGAAACCUGCGAAGAAAUCUCAACAACGCAGUGGAUUUGGCGUGGGUAUUCUCAAUGAUACAGGAUCGGAUGAUGAAGACCCUUACUCGCUUGGCCCACAGAUUUCAUAUAAUAAGAGCAUUGGCGGCAAGAAGAAGAAAACAAAAGAGGCGAAGCCAACAAGCGCAUCCUCAAAUCCGCUACUCAACGCCAAGCCCGUUUUUAUAUCUAAAAAGGUCGCUGCAGCUCGCAGUGCUGGGGGGUUCAGAAAAUGUCGUGACGGAAGAUUACCACUAGAUGGAUUCGUUUUGGCGGAUAGUCUGUCCGGCUUGUCGAUCUCGGACAAAAAAUAUGAGCCUCCACAAAUUCCUGAGGGCUGGACAUCCUGCAGAAAACCCACAACUGAAGGUGCAUCAUAUAUUUCUACGGCAGAUGCGGCAAAAGCUUCUACUCUCAAUCCCACCUCCAGAGCUGCAGCUCUGGGCGAGACUCAAUUACCAGGAAAAUCAAUCUUCGACUGGAUGACACCAGAGGCCCGGGAACGGAUUGCAAAUCUCACUGGAAAUACAAAUCUACCACCAGCAAUGAGUGAAAAGGCCCCGAAGGGAUACGAAUUAUCAGAAGCCGACCGACGAAGGGAUCUCUGGGAUCUUGUUCCAAAUUUAGACAAACAGACAGCUGUUCAAGCCUUAACUCGAGGUGUCAGUGGUUGGAUGCCUUACUCAGAAGAUGAAAACAAACGGUCUCGCUAUCGGACCUUUAUCGAAAUUCGUGCUGGUCUUCGCGAUACUCUACCAGACCGAGUACCGGGUUCUAGCACCGAUGAAUGGGUGACCGAGAUGAAUGAGUUUGCUCGGGCAGCCGAAGUUUUCAAGCCCAUGUCCGGUGUCAUGGCAUCCCGGUUUACAUCGGCCUCUUCAGGGCCCAAGAUUGCAUCCGAUGCACCCGACUCAUCGGAUUCCCCUGUUAGUCGACCCUCCGAGAAACUCGAUGAUCCCGCGGUGGCUGCCGCCAAAGUUGGUAUGUUCGGGCAAUUGACUCGAAGUACGACUACCUUCUUUCCUACGAGAUUGCUCUGUAAAAGAUUCAAUAUAAAACCCCCCGAGCAUGUUCAGCUUGACCCUGGCGUUUCUUCUGGAAGUUCGAAAGGACCUGGCACUCGCUUCCAGUCUGGUGGGUAUCAGACUGACGCGGGGCCUAAAGAUUUGGUUUCACAAGAGGUGAUGAACAUGAUUAUGAUUGAGUCAGGGCGUCAGCCCGUCCCCGGCUCGGGUGAAGGCAGCGCCCAGUCAAAGCCUGCGCCACCACCGGUGGAGCCUGAGCAUAACGAGGCCAUCGAGGCAGAACGACCAGGUGAUGAUAUCUUCAAAGCAAUUUUUGGCAGCGAUGAUGAAGAUGAAGAAUAA